CGAAAAUCCACGCAAAUCUUUGCGUCGACACCAAAGGUCAACAUGGACGCGAGCACGGUGGUCAUGGACGCAAGCAUGGUGGGCAUGGAUGGUAGUACGCCGACGAUGCCGUCGCCGGGCAUGGACGACGCGCCGAUAAGCCCGGUCGCGCAGGCCAACGAUGACCCGGCCGUCGAGCCCAUCACGAAGGAAGACGAGCCGCGCGUCGUCGAGCCCGAGCGCUUCGAGAUUGAGACGUUCACGCCCUUCUCGUCGUGCCACCUCUGGCGGCUCAUGAGCUCCUUCUACGAGCGCCAAGGCGUCGAGUCGUGGGCGCAGGGCAUCGUGCCGCACUUUAUCACGUCCAACACGUUCAUCGCCAAGCGCUACGUCCAGGUCUUUCUUGCCUACCUGCGCGACGCGACGUCGGCCUUGGACCCGACACAGCCGCUGUACCUCGUCGAGCUUGGCACGGGCAGCGGCAAGUUCAGCUUCUACUUUGUCCAAUGGCUCCACGAGAUGGAGGCGAUUCUGCCGUUCCCGCUCAAGCAGAUCCGGUACAUCAUGACGGACUUUACGGACGCGAACCUCAAGUUCUGGACGACACACCCGGCGCUCGCGCCGUACGUUGCGUCCGGCCUCCUCGAUUUCGCCAUAUUUGACGCGACCGCCGACACGUCGCUGCACUUGCUGUCGGCCAAGACGACGAUCGCCGCGGCGACGCUCGCGAACCCCAUGUGCGUCGUCGCCAACUACCUCUUUGACACGCUGCACCACGAACUCUUUCGCGUCGAGAACGGCAUCCUCAAGCAAGGCUUGAUCAGCGUCGGGUCGUCGCACGCUCACGAACCUGACAUUCUUGACCCCGAAAUCAUCAAGCGGCUCGCCAACCGGUUCCAGUACGACGCGAUCACGGCGGCGUAUUAUGGCGACCAAUGUCACUUGAACGCCGUCUUGGAGUGGUACCACGACUACUACGGCGCGUCACCGGCCACGUUCCUCGUGCCCAUUGGCGCGCUGCAGGCCAUCGAGCGGCUCAAAGCGCUCACGCGCAACCAGCUGCUCAUUCUCUCGGGCGACAAGGGCCACACGAACCCCGACCACUUUCGCGGUCUCCAAGACCCGCACAUUGCGGUUCACGGGUCCUUCUCCGUCAUGGUCAACUACCAUGCGAUUGGCGUCUACGUGGCGAGCCGUGGCGGCUUUGCCCUCCACAACCCGCAAGAGGAGGCGAGUUUGAAGGUGUCGCUAUUUGUGCUCCCAGCCACCGAUGCACCGUUUACGAACGACACGAGUGCGGUCGCCCUCGACGAGCGCUGCAUGGAGCGCGCACGGCAGUACCCGCACGCGGCCCACACCUUUGACGACGGGCUCGUGAGCUUUGGUCCCAACGACUUUUUCAUGAUGCAGAAAUGCCUCAAGGAAGACGCCAAGCCGCCGAGCCUCAAAGGCGUGCUCGCGCUCCUCAAGCUCAGCUUUUACGACGCUGAUUUGCUCUACAAGUUUCGGGACGUCCUCUUGGAUCAAUCGCCGACCGCACCGCCCAAGGUCAAGGUCGACGUGCGUCAUUGCCUCGCGCAGACAUGGAAGCACUACUACCAGCUCGACAAGGACAAGGACAUUGCGUUUGAGAUUGGCCGCGUCUUUUAUGGCAUGCGCGAGUACUAUGACGCGCUCACGUACUACACGGCGUCGCUCGAUGAAAUGGGCAAGCACCACGUGACGUACCACAACAUGGGCCUCUGCUACUACAGCACACAGCGACUCGACGAAGCAAGCACGUGCUUCCUCGCCGCGACCGAGCUCAACGCGUGCUACACGAAAGCGCAGACGUGGCUCCAGCGCGUGCAAACCGAGCUUCUCGGUGGCAAAAUCGAGGCCGACCCCAAGGCCGUCGCCUUGCAGGCGGUUGACAUCCGCGUAGUGGAGGAGACGCCCGUCAUGGAUGGCCGUGUAGCUCCUGCCGUCGUCGCACCGACCAACUAGGAAAAUGCCGUUCAAGGUGGCGACCUCUAGGACUCUGCACAGAUCAAUAUAAAACUCUAUCCCGUGUUGGACUAUGGCGC